AGUACUGGUGAGGAACAAAGGUCAUGAAUUUCAAGGGUCUCUUCAACUCACUGCAACUGUUACACUUAGUGACUGCCAGCUUUUUCUUGUUUGCCCAGAGUAGCUCCUUGGUCCGGGUGUCCUGGAGAUUGAGCCUAGCAGUGUUUGUGGUGUCCUUACUAGAAGUCUUGAUGGCUGCCUCCUUAAGAUGGGAGCCCAGUGCUUUUCACAGUCUUACAUGUGGUCUGACAAGUCCAGGCUCAGCUUGUGUGGUUCUUGCCUGGAAUAUGUACUGACCCGUUUCUUCAAAGAGUCUGGUUUCCUUCUGCUGAGGACUGGAUCUUCAGCAGCACAGCCAGGCUCCAGAGACACACACUGCUGCAGGGCCCACUGCCACCACUGCCCUGCCUAUCCCUGGACAGGGCAGAGUGUGGCAACAUAUACCCCAUCCACGUUUGCCCUUCCUGUUCAGACGGUACCCAGACAUAAACUGGAUCACCACUGUGUCUGCUUCUCCACUCUCAGGAAUGUGCAGCAGGAUUGGAGUGCUGUGACAGAAAGCCCAUACCUCGCGACCUUUGGAUUCUUGCUUAUUGGUGUACCCCUCUUCUUGUGUUCUGGAUGAUGUCAGAACAGGACCUGGCGGAUGUGGUUCAGAUUGCAGUGGAAGACCUGAGUCCUGACCACCCAGUUGUUUUGGAGAAUCAUGUCGUGACAGAUGAUGAUGAACCUGCCUUGAAGCGCCAGCGACUAGAGAUCAAUUGCCAGGAUCCCUCUAUAAAGUCUUUCCUGUACUCUAUUAACCAGACGAUAUGUUUGCGGUUGGAUAGCAUCGAGGCCAAACUGCAAGCUCUGGAGGCCACUUGCAAAUCUCUGGAAGAGAAGCUAGACCUGGUCACCAACAAACAGCACAGUCCCAUCCAGGUCCCCAUGGUGGCUGGUUCCCCACUUGGUGCCACCCAGACCUGCAACAAAGUACGAUGCGUCGUCCCCCAGACUACAGUAAUACUCAACAAUGAUCGGCAGAACGCCAUUGUAGCCAAGAUGGAAGACCCAUUGAGCAACAGGGCACCGGAUUCCCUGGAAAAUAUCAUUAGCAACGCUGUUCCUGGGCGUCGGCAGAACACAAUCGUGGUGAAGGUGCCAGGCCAGGAUGACAGCCAUAAUGAAGACGGGGAGAGCGGGUCAGAGGCCAGUGACUCUGUGUCUAACUGUGGUCAGCCAGGAAGCCAGAACAUUGGAAGCAACGUCACGCUCAUCACCCUGAACUCCGAAGAGGACUAUCCCAAUGGCACCUGGCUGGGCGAUGAAAAUAACCCUGAGAUGCGGGUACGAUGUGCCAUCAUCCCCUCCGACAUGCUGCACAUCAGCACUAACUGUCGCACAGCCGAGAAGAUGGCACUAACGCUGCUGGACUACCUGUUCCAUCGAGAGGUGCAGGCUGUGUCCAACUUGUCGGGCCAGGGCAAGCAUGGGAAGAAGCAGUUGGACCCCCUCACUAUCUACGGUAUCCGGUGUCACCUCUUCUAUAAAUUUGGAAUCACGGAAUCCGACUGGUAUCGGAUCAAGCAGAGUAUUGACUCCAAGUGCCGUACAGCAUGGCGGCGGAAGCAGCGAGGCCAGAGCCUGGCAGUCAAGAGCUUCUCCCGGAGAACACCAUCCUCAUCCUCAUACAGUGCCUCAGAGACCAUGAUUGGUACCCCUCCACCCGCCAGUGAGCUACAGCAGUCGCAGCCACAGGCCCUACACUACGCGUUGGCCAACGCACAGCAAGUGCAGAUCCACCAGAUUGGAGAGGAUGGCCAGGUGCAAGUAAUUCCACAGGGCCACCUCCACAUUGCCCAGGUGCCUCAAGGGGAGCAGGUGCAGAUCACACAGGACAGUGAGGGCAAUCUGCAGAUCCAUCAUGUUGGCCAGGAUGGACAGUCGUGGGGCCUGUGCCAGAAUCCCAUUCCUGUCAGCGGUGACUCAGUGGCCCAGGCUAAUCCCUCCCAGCUUUGGCCUCUGGGAGGAGACACACUUGAUCUGCCUGCUGGAAAUGAGAUGAUCCAGGUACUGCAGGGUGCUCAGCUCAUAGCCGUGGCCUCUUCAGACCCUGCUGCUACGGGAGUAGAUGGGUCGCCUCUCCAGGGCAGUGACAUUCAGGUUCAGUACGUCCAACUGGCACCUGUGAGUGACCACACAGCUGCAGCCCAGACGGCUGAGGCGUUGCAGCCCACUCUGCAGCCCGAAAUGCAGCUUGAACACGGAGCCAUCCAGAUCCAGUGAGAUAAGCACUGUAGGAGUACACACCACAGCUGUUCACUGACCCUGCCCUGUGCCCUGCUCUCCUGCUUCAGCAGGGCAACUGUGGAUUCUGCAGGGCACAUGAGAGCUCCUCCUCCUGGGGAAGGGUCCUGGCCAUCCCCUGCUGGAAGGCACCUCAGGAUUGAGUCCCACUGCUGGUCUCCGGAGAAGCAUAGUGCAGAGCGUGUUGAGUACAUUCAGAAAAACAAGAACUACGAUAUUUUGUUUAACAGCUUUUUUUAAUUUGCUAUGGUGUUUAUAACAAAAAAGAAAAUGGAAAAAAAAAAAAACCCACACACAACAGAAACACAACUGUGGAGUAGCAGAAGCCUUGGCCGUGUGCUCUCUUGAGGGUCCUGACGUAGGUGUUGGAGCCAGCUGACGAUGCUGGAGCACUGUGGACCCGCUGCUGGGGUAGGGAGUGCUCCACAGUGUAAUUAUGCAUUUCUAAUGAAAUAAAGUGUAUUUAUGGCCACAGA